CGCCCCUGAUACUACUUCCACCUCGGCCUGAGCUCUCACUUCCUCCAUGUUGAAACAUUCUUUAUAUUUCACCCUCCUCCAACUGCUGUGAGCUCCCAUUCUGCCGACAAGGUGCAGCCCUCCAGACCUCUCAACCUCAACAGCCCCCCGUAACAACCAGUUCACCAUGUCGAGAAAGGUGGUGCGGUCCAGUAAGUUCCGUCACGUGUUCGGUCAGCCCGUGAAGGCCGAUCAGUGCUACGAUGACAUACGCAUCUCGCAGAUGACCUGGGACAGCAAUUUCUGCUCCGUCAACCCCAAGUUUGUGGCCAUGAUUGUGGACGCCAGUGGGGGAGGAGCCUUCAUAGUGCUGCCCCUCAACAAGACAGGCCGUAUUGACAUGUCGUAUCCCACAGUCUGUGGACACACUGGGCCUGUGCUUGACAUCGAGUUCUGUCCCCACAACGACAACAUCAUCGCCAGUGGAUCUGAGGACUGCAGCGUCAUGAUCUGGGAGAUCCCUGAGGGCGGGCUGGUCUCUCCUCUGACGGAGCCUGUGGUCAAACUAGAUGGGCACUCCAAACGGGUGGGCAUCCUGAGCUGGCACCCCACUGCCCACAACGUGCUCAUGAGCGCAGGUUGUGAUAACGUUGUGAUCUUGUGGAAUGUUGCUUGUGGGGAGGCGGUGGUGCGCAUAGACUCGGUUCAUACAGACCUGAUCUACAGCGCCGUGUGGAACAGGGACGGCUCCAGGAUCCUCACCUCCUGUAAAGACAAGACGCUCCGGAUACUGGACCCCCGCAAAGGCACCGUCAUCACCGAGAAGGAGAAGCCUCACGAGGGCUCCAGACCGGUCCGGGCCGUGUUCAUGUCCGACGGAAAAAUCCUGAGCACAGGCUUCAGCCGUAUGAGCGAGAGGCAGGUGGCGCUGUGGGACCCUAAGAACUUCUCUGAGCCUCUGAACCUUCAGGAGCUGGACACUGGGAGUGGAGUCCUGCUUCCAUUUUACGACCCAGACACAAACGUGGUGUACCUCUGUGGGAAGGGUGACAGCAGCAUCCGUUACUUUGAGGUGACUGAUGAGGCUCCAUACGUGCACUUCCUGUCCAUGUACAGCAGCAAAGACAGUCAGAAGGGGAUGGGGUACAUGCCCAAGAGAGGUCUGGAGGUCAACAAGUGUGAGAUCGCCAGAUUUUACAAACUCCAUGAAAGAAAAUGUGAGCCUAUCCACAUGACUGUGCCCAGAAAGUCGGACUUGUUCCAGGAGGAUCUGUACCCGGACACAAUUGGUCCAGAGCCGUCGGUCGAGGCAGAUGAUUGGUUCGCUGGGAAAGAAGCCCCACCCAUCCUCAUCUCCCUGAAAGACGGGUUUGUGGCCACCACCAAAGCCAAAGAGUUCAAAGUUCACAAGAGCCUCCUCAAGACGACAAGUGCCUCUGCAGCAGGGACAGUGGACAGCAGUGGGGACGUCCAGUCUCUGAGGAAAGAGAUGAAGGAUCUGAGAGCUGAAAUAGAAGCACUGACCAAUCGGGUGAAGGAGCUGGAGAGCAAGCAUUAGAACUGGAAUCAAAAAUUUAGGCAUUUUUAGAGGCAAAGAUAACGGUACAUUAGACCUGUAUUUAAAACAAUAUGAUACUGUGUUUUAAAGGGAGGGUUUCAAGGACCAAAUGUGUCAACAUGUGAACGAUCCAUUUUAAUAUAUUUAGUCUGAAAUAAAAGUAUUUUCAAAAAGG